GCGGUGUUUCCCGCUCUGUUUGUUACAGUGGUUGCUAGGAUACCAGUAGACUGGAGAUGCUAAUGUUUGUAGAUACACGCUGAAGUUAACUUGUUUGGUAGUGUUAUGACGGAAAAGUUUGCCUAAAAUGUCAGACUCAGAUGAAAAUCACGAGGGACAAAAGCCGAAGGGCGUGUUCUCAACUUUAAUGGCCGAUGGGUACUGGCUGUACAUUAAAGGAGAGUAUAAAAAGGCUGUGAGCAGCUACACAGCGGCGCUGACUUUAAAGCCCGAUGACAAGAACUGUUUUGUUGGCCGAUCCAAAUGUUACCUGAAGAUGGGGCAAUCUGAAAACGCUCUUAAAGAUGCAGAGGCUUCACUCAAAGAGGACAAGUCAUUUUUUGAGGGAUUAUACCAGAAGGCAGAGGCAUUGUACUACAUGGGAGAAUUUGAAUUUGCACUGGUGUUUUACCACAGAGGACAAAAGCUGCGUCCACAAAUACAGGAGUUCAGACUGGGUAUCCAGAAAGCACAGGAGGCCAUAGAAAACUCUGUUGGCAGUCCUUCUUCUAUAAAACUGGAGAUUAAGGGAGACCUAUCAUUUCUCAAAAAAGAUGAAGAGAGGGCCCAGCCAAUCGCUGCUAUUCAGCAUCUGACGAAAGAAAAGAAACAGCAGACCCAGAAGACCCCUAAGAGUGAGAAGACCACCAAACAACUGCUGGGAGAGUUUUACAGUGACAAGAAAUAUCUAGAAAACCUGCUCAAAGAUAAAGAUUUGGUAAAAGGUAAGACAAAAGGUGGAGAGCGACUGCAGGACGUCAUUCAGGGCUGCCUUACAUACCUCGACACUUGCACUGAGUUCUGGAACCAGGAGAAACCUAUCUGUGCACAGGAAAAGGAGCAAAAGCUCAUGCAGCAAAAAUCUGGCAAGACCCGCCAAAGCGCACCCUCUGAGCCUGCUCAAUUUUUGCUGAGGAGCCUGGAUGAAAUUGAUGCAGCGUUGACCUCUGGAAAUGCGGAGGGUAGUCAAAAGAAGGCGGAGGAAGUCAUGAAGAUAGUGCAGCGCUGGUCUGAGAAAGAGGUGCCUAAUAAGAAAGAUGUUUUGGGCACUCUGCACAGUUGUAUUGGGAAUGCCUUGAUCGACUUGGGAGACAUGGACAAAGCUUUAGAGCACCAUCAAAAAGACUUGGAGUUGGCUAAACAGUGCAAACUCCCAGAUGCGAUGUCCAGGGCUCUGGAUAACAUUGGACGUGUUUAUGCCCAAACUGGACAGUUCACACAGGCUGUCGACUGGGAGAAGAAGAUUCCCUUGGUCCGUGGUGGUUUGGAGAAGACAUGGUUGUUUCAUGAGAUUGGUUGGUGUUACCUGGAGCUGAAUCUCUACAAAGAAGCCCGAGACUAUGGCGUCCGCUCACUUGCUGCGGCCGAUGAAAUUGCUGAUGAGAAAUGGCAGAUUAAUGCCAACGUCUUGGUGGCACAGUCAGAAUUGAAACUUGGGAACUUUGAAUCCUGCAUCCCCCACUUUGAGAAAGCCCUGACCCAGGCUAAAUUGCAAGAGGACAACUCUACCAUCAGUGUCAUUCAGAAGGCCCUAGAUGACGCAAAGCAACACCUCCCACAGUGAGGAUGUCCUGAGUCAAGUUUUGUGGUGGUGUGUGUGUGUGUGUGUGUGCUAACAGAAGACAGCAAUCAUCAAAUGAGAGUUGAUAGAACAAAAAGAGACCAAUAAAAAUCAUCUCACUCAAAUGGGCAACUGAGAUAUUUGACUUUUUGUGAAUGCAAAGAUCCCUUACAAUGCAUGGAUCCAUUUUGAUGAGAGCAUCAGAAACAUGUUUUUUAUGAGCACACACUGGCUGAUAAAAAAUAAGUCACAGUAUCUGCUUAUAGGUCUUGGCGCACAAAGACAUGUUUUGAGUAGUAACUACUAAAAGGUCAUAAUACAAACAGUCCAGUAUAAAAAAACAAAUGUCAACCAGGCACUGGAUCAUAGGGUUGUUUUUUAUGAUCUCAUACUGUAAAAUU